AAUCAGUCAUCACCGGCUGCAAAUAGCAUCUCUUUGCUGCAACGGCAACGGACAGAUCGCGCAUCGUAGCUCAAGGACCACAGCAAUCGACCAGGUCAAUCACUCACGAUCAAACGCCGAUCAUGCCGCCACGUUAUAUGACGCCGGACCCCUUUGCCGGUGACGCAGCCGAUGGCACAGAGGGGUCCAAUGGCCCCUCACCACCACGCCCACCUCAUGGACAGGGGCCAGCAUCAGGGGCACGCAUAGCAUCUGCGGGUCAUCGCCCUCCCCCUCCUGCUCCACCUUCCCAAGCAUACCCUACCUACGACUCGCAAUCAGAUACCGUACACGUACAACAGCAACCUCCCGUCUCUUACGCAUACCAAGAACCUUAUCCUACAUCAGGCGACUCCACUACGCCACACCUGCCAAACCAAGUCUCUUUUGCACCUACACCAGCUCUUCCACCACAGAGCAGUACCUUUCACAACGGGCCACGCUUCCCUAGUGCGCCAGCCUAUCCGCCUACACCAGCUCCGCAUACUGCCUACAAUUACAACGGUGCAUCCUCUGACGGCCAUCGUAACGUCACCAAUCCUUUUGAGAACACACCCCAGAUCUCAGUCUCGGGACACUUUCCUCAGGGCGGCGUCAUGAUGACCCAAGCUCAUGAUGAUAGUACCAGCUACUACCAUGAUGAUGGAGGCGACGUACCGCUCCUGAAUGGUCGGCAGAAUUACGGAUAUGCGCCCGCGUCUGCCUUCACUCCGGAUGGACACCUCAUCUCUGGAGCCAAUGUUCAGCAGUGGGGAGAUGCAGACGGUAUUGAAGACGACGAUGCCGUGGACGGCGGUGCUAGGGGCAGGAAGUUGCUUGGAGAGGGCGGAGAUGUAGGGAGUGAGGAUUAUUUCCCUGGAGGCUGGGCUAGUAAUGCCAGCAAUGCCGAAGAUGGAGCCGGCAGGAUUCGCUACGGCCGGAUACCGCAAAGAGUCCCACGAAGAUACAAGACCUUGAAGCGAGUGGAGCUUUACCAUGGUAAUUUGGUCCUCGACUGCCCUGUCCCUUCGCGCCUGCUUGAGCGCCUAAACGACCGCGAGUCGAGAGAGUUCACCCACAUGAGGUACACAGCAGCUACCUGCGACCCCGACAAGUUCAAGGAGGAACGUUACACGCUACGUCAAGUCCUCUUUGACCCGCCGCGGCGGACAGAGCUCUUCAUCGUCCUCACCAUGUACAAUGAAGACGAAGAGCUCUUUUGUCGGACUUUGCAUGGAGUCAUGACCAAUAUCGCUCAUCUUUGCACUCGCGAACGAUCCAAGACAUGGGGAAAAGAGGGAUGGAAGAAGGUCGUAGUGUGCAUCGUCUCCGACGGCCGUCUCAAGAUCAACGCCAGGGUCCUGUCGGUCCUUGCUGCCAUGGGCGUAUAUCAGGAAGGCGUGGGAAAAAAUGUCGUCAAUGGCAAGCCAGUCACGGCGCACAUCUACGAGUACACCACUCAGCUCAGUGUGGAUCCUGAUCUCAAGUUCAGGGGCAGGGAAAAGGGGAUCAUGCCAGUGCAGAUCUUGUUCUGUCUCAAGGAGAGGAAUCAGAAGAAGAUCAAUAGUCAUAGGUGGUUCUUCAAUGCCUUUGGCUCGAUCCUGCAACCCAAUGUCUGCGUCCUUUUAGAUGUGGGUACCAUGCCCAGAUCGAAGAGCAUCUACCACCUCUGGAAAGCCUUCGAUAUCAACUCCAAUGUCGCAGGCGCUUGUGGCGAGAUCGUCGCACUGAAGGGCAAGCUCUGGACGGGUCUCCUGAACCCAUUGGUAGCAGCGCAAAACUUCGAGUACAAGAUGUCGAACAUCCUCGAUAAGCCGAUGGAGUCUGUAUUUGGGUAUAUCAGCGUCUUGCCAGGUGCUUUCUCAGCCUACCGGUACCUGAGUCUACAGAACGAUGCGCUAGGUCAAGGACCACUAGCUUCGUACUUCAAGGGUGAGACGCUGCACGGUGGGUCUACGGACGCUGAUAUCUUUACGAGCAACAUGUACUUGGCAGAAGAUCGUAUCCUCUGCUGGGAGUUGUGCGCGAAGCGAGACAGCGCUUGGAUCCUCCACUACGUCAAGUCGGCGCAAGCAGUCACUGAUGUGCCGAAUAGCGUGCCCGAACUCAUCUCCCAGCGUCGUCGCUGGCUCAAUGGGUCUUUCUUUGCCGGCAUCCACUCAAUCGUCAAGUUUGGAUACAUUUACCGAAGCUCUCACACUUUUUGGCGCAAAUUUGCCCUGCACAUUGAGCUCAUCUACCAAACGAUUCAACUCAUCUUCAGCUGGUUUGGUAUGGCCAACUUCUUCAUCGCGUUCAGUAUUCUCUCGACUGCCGUUGCCGAGGUGACACCCGCUCUUCGCAUACCAGGAAUCGUUCUCACCUACGUCUACGUCGCUCUCAUCGUCUUCAAUUUCCUUCUAGCCAUGGGCAAUCGCCCUGCAGGAUCCAAGUGGGCUUACAUCGUCUCCAUGAGUCUCUUUGCCCUCCUGACCGUCUGGAUGACAGGGGUAGCCAUCUUCCUUGCCGUUCAUGCCAUUUCGCAAAACGUAUCCGAAGGAAUGACUGCCGCCAAUCUCUUUACAGACAAGAUCUUUGUCAACAUUGUCAUCUCCCUCGUAGCCACCUAUGGAGUUUGGCUAAUCAGUAGUAUCCUCUCCCUGGAACCCUGGCACAUGUUCACAAGUAUCAUUCAGUACCUCUUAAUGGCCCCCAGUUUCGUAAACGUCAUCAACAUCUAUGCCUUUUGCAAUACCCAUGAUGUCUCUUGGGGUACAAAAGGAUCCGAUAAAGUCUCGACGGACUUGGGAGUCGUUUCUGCCGCUACGACCAAUGCAAACGAGGUAGACGUAGCAGUCCCUACCGAGGCCAAAGAUCUGGAUUCAAUCUACUCUGAUGCCAUCCACGUCCUUUCCACCAAACCUCCCCGUGUGGAAAAGACGGUAGAUCUUGAUCAGAAGCAAAAGGACUAUUAUGCUACAGUCAGGACAAACGUCGUAUCGAUUUGGGCGAUUAGCAAUGCUGCAUUGGCAAUUGCGAUUAUUAAUGCCGGGUCGAGCAACACCAAGAUUACCUACAUGGCCUUCUUGCUCUACUCGGUUGCGGGAUUGGCCGCUUUUAGGAUGGUGGGAUGCAUAAUCUACCUCGCCAAACGAAUGCUCUCAGGAGAGUAAUCUCAUCAGGCGCGGAGAAGGGAUUCCUCUAGUCCUUUCUCUUCUUUCUUCUACCCUCCCCUCCCCCCUCCCCCUUCUUCCUCCACCCUCUCUUUGAGGCGCUACCUUCUACCACCCCUCUUCUUGAACGACUGACUGACUGACUGACGAAUGAACCUGACGAAAAACAAUAUUCCACGAUCCCUUCUUUACUCAAGCUCUCGCUCCGUCUCCGUCUCCUCGCCCCUCGCCCCUCGCCCCUCGCUCCUCAUUA